AUGCCAAGAAUGGAGGACAUUCUUAACCUUCCUGUGCAAGAUCCUCCUUGUGCGGAGUUCUCUGCAGCUCAUAUAAACUGGAAAAAGAAUGCCCUGCUAGCUUCCGCAUUGAGUCCAGGAGGAAGAGACCUGAAGGGAGCAUCAGCAAACCGAGGGUUGAUGGCUAUCUGGAAUAUACUCUGUAUGUCUGUUCUUCAUAAUUUGGAUUUUUUUGGAUGUUUCUUGGAUGACACCUUUUGACCUGCUUUCUAGACCUGGUUUUCCAUGUAAAAAAAUAGCAGAUACUCGGUGCAGCUUAAUGUCGCCUUUUUCUGAAAUGUGUUUUCUGGCAACAGUGGAUUAAAUAAAUCUUUCCCAGGAUUGUUAUUUGCCAGCACUUAAAGGUUGUGCAUAGCAUGAGUUGAUUUCCUGUCUUCAAUGAACCAACUUACUGGGGAAACACUUCUGAGAGAACACAUUCUACAAGCACUAGUUUUCUGAAAAUAAUGCUUAUAGAGUUAUGAACCCUAAUUUGCCUGAAGUUGCAUAUGAGUAAUGUAUUAUUUUUAUGGUGACUCUUUAGAUACUGGUGUUCUUAUGGUCCCGAAGACUACCGAGAUAGCGAAUCUGGUCUUGGGGACAGUUCAAAUAAUAAACCUGCAUCAGGGAAGGGUAGCAGGCCAGGGAGGCGUCACAUGAUGAGGGGCUGUCUUUGCCACUUCACAGUAAAACGCUUAUACACCCGCCCCUCCCUGGCCCUUAUCAUCUAUAAUCAAAGAAAACAUGUAGAUAAAACAGGGGCUCCAUGUCAUGGAAUACUUGAUCGGGAUGCUGUGGGAACAAGAGCAAUGUAUGCUCCUCGGAUUUCAGAAGAAUUACGCCAGAAAGUGAUGUCUAUGCUUUAUGUUGGAAUAUCUUUGGACAAUAUAAUCCAGCAUCACAUGGAGGUGGUGCAGAACCAUGGUGGGCCCCACAACCGUGAUGAUUUUCUCACUCGAAACGAUGUUCGUAACAUGGAAAGAGUAAUCCGUAAUUCAUCACACAUGUUACUUGACAAUGAUGAAUGCAGUGUAAAAGCUUGGAUGCAACGCCAUCAGAAGCAUGUUUUCUUUUUCCAAGCUAACUCUGGUUCAGAACCAUUUAUUUUGGGGAUACAAACAGAUUGGCAGCUGCAGCAAAUGCUUCAUUAUGGGCACAAUGGUUCAAUAGCUUCUCAUUCAACAUUUGGCAGUAAGAAACUUAAGUAUCCUUUGUGUUCUUUACUUGUUUUUGACUCGUCCCGGAAUGCGAUACCAGUUGCUUGGGUCAUUACCUCUUCUUCUAUUGGUCAAGGCAUCCAUAAAUGGAUGGGGAUCUUUGUUGAAAGAAUCCGAACAAAAGAUCCCAGAUGGAGACCCAAUGCCUUCUUAGUAGACGAUCCUUCUAUUGAAAUUGGUGUUAUCAGAGAGGUAUUUCAGUGUCGGGUCCUUUUAUGUCUCUGGCACGUUCGUCGUGCUUGGAUGAGAAGCCUUCUGAAGAAAUGCUGUAACUUGGAUGUACAACAGGAGAUGUUUAAGCACUUAGGUCAGAUUCUGUACUGCACAAAAAACAGGCCAAUCAUUGUGGAUGCUAUCCAAGAGUUCAUGCAAAUAUUUGUUGACCAAUGCGCCUUCAUGAAUUAUUUCAGGAGACGGUGGUUACCAAGGAUAGAACUGUGGGUGAAUGGAAUAAAGACUCUUCCCGUGGCAAGUCAAGAGCCUAAUGCUGCAAUUGAGUCCUAUCAUCUAAGGUUGAAAACAAAGCUUUUCAACGAGUUAUAUCCUAAUCACUGGCCAAGAGUUGACUGGUUGAUUCACAUAUUGACAACCGAAAUUCACUCUUUUUAUUGGCUUGAACAAUACAUAAUAGAGACUGGAUACUUUGAAAAUCUGAGGGAUGUGUCUUUCACAACCAACUCAUGGUAUCGGGCCCUGCAUAUCCCAGAUGCAGAUGUGUUACUGGAUGAGCAAAAUCUCCAGCUCGCAAAGGUCAUUUCUCAAACAGAGAGAACCCUGGCAUAUACAAUUUGGAACCCUGGGUCUGAGUUCUGUAUCUGUGAUUGCCCCUGGUCUAGGCUGGGAAAUCUCUGCAAGCAUGCCAUAAAGGUGGCAAUUUUAUGUAAAAGUAGGCAGGUCGCAAGGCCGUUAUUGUCGGCUCAAGUUUAUCGGCAGGCCUUGCUUACCCUUCUGCAGAACCCCCCUGAUGAUCCCCUGGUCCUUGAUCAUGCCAUUCUUCAUGUGACUCGCUUGCAACAAGACAUCAAAGGUCUAGAAGAGUUAUCCAACAGUGGCCUGCUCCAGCCUUUACCCCCCGAGACAAACUCUCAGAUGGUGGAUAAUAUCCCAAUUUUUCCUCGUCUGCACUGAUUUCAUCAUUGAAGAGGACAUCGAUAUUUCAUCUGGAAUUUGCUUUUUCACCCUUCUUCAGCAAGAGUUAGGAAUUUUCGUCUGCAUUGCUUGACAAAUUUGAGUUUUGCCUCAAUGAAACCCAAAAUCUUUGCAUGUCAAGUGAACUUGGAAAGCAGGAUCCACUUCCUGAGCUGCAAUUUUGGAUGAUAGGCAGGCUCUGCAAAAGGGUGAAAAAGUAAUAGGGAGACAUGAGGUUUUGAGGUGGCAUUGUGAUGGGUUUCCCUUGAAAGAAUACCAUGGCAUAGGCCUUUUGACAUCUUCCCAGAAGCAUGUGAAAUAUUUGUAGGGUGCAUACAGCUUUUGUUGACAACCCUGCAGAGAAAGGAAGCAAAUUUUCUUUUCUUGAGAAAAUAGCAUCUUAGCUUGUUCUUUGUCUAUAAUUUCCUUCUUGUAUUAAGAGCCUGUUUGGCAUAAUUUUCUAUUUUUGACUUUGGUGGAAAGUUAAGGGCUUGUUUGGGAAUGUUUUUUUAA